UUUAAUAUCGAUGUGAAAACACCAUGUAUUUAAAUGGGCCUGACAGAAUUAGGAAUAAAAAACACACUGCAUGACAGAAUUAGGAAACGACAAAAAAGAAAAACAAUUGAGAGUAUAGUUUAUUUUUACUCUGAUUAAUGAAUAGUGGCAAUAUAGAUCUCAGAUAUUUUUACAUAGUUCGAUAGAGCAGAAUCUCAGCUACACCUAUAUAUAAAAAUUUUUCUUUAAUCUUAAAGAAAUGUCACCUAAAAACGAAAAUUAGUGAACUUGAAAUUUCUCCUGCCAGAAUUAGGGCAUUCUGCUCUAAUAAUAUAUUGUAUACAAAUAACACGUUGUCUAAAAUCCAUAUGGCUUUUCUACAUGUUUAUGAUUAUUGCACAAUCAUCGAGUAAUUUUUGUUAUGUUUGAGAAAAAGCAAAGAAUGUAAUCGGCUAGCAAAUGUGAGCAUUGAAUCACUAGAAUGAAAAAUAAAAACUUGAUGAAAAAAUAUAUACUUUUUUUUUUCGAAAGAUUAUGUAUGUAACAAGAAUCUAAAACAUUUUAAAAUACAUAAACAGAAGAAAAAAGAGUUAUUUUUAUCAUGAAAUAAAACUAUAAUAAUAAUAAUAAUAAUAAUAAUAAUAAUAAUAACAAUAAUAAUAAUUUAAUAUAAGGUGUUUUAGGUGUUCAUUUGAUCAAUUUCCAAAUGAACUUUAUUAUCAAAUAUUAUCAUAUUUAAAUGAAUUUGAUCUCAUUCGAUCAUUGUAUGGUGUCGGUCGUCGAAUCAAUCAACUCAUUCAUACAUAUCCACUUGAAAUUGAAUUAAAAGAAAAUAUUGAUGAUAAAUCAAUUAAUUAUUAUUUUAAUAAAAUAUUUCAGUUAUUUCACAAUAAUAUUUAUUCAUUAAUAUUCAGUAAUGAAAUACAAUUAAAACGUUUUAAUAGAACAAGUAGUGGUCAUUAUAUACAACUUAAAUAUCUUACAAUAAAAUGUACA